UCACCUGGAAGGUCUCUGAUGGCUCAGCAGUUUCAGGUGCUGAGGUGCUGCUCCUGUCACGUCUUCCAAGUCCAGCAGGUUAAAAAGAGCAAAAAAUGGAAUUGCAAAAUAUGUGAUGAAAAGCAGUCAAUUCUAAAGGUUUUUGGUGAGGGUUCUGGAGCUGAUUGCAGGCACCAUGUGCAAAAACUAAACCUGCUGCAAGGCGAGGUAGAACAGGCACCUGCAAACCUCCUUGGAUGUAUAGAAGAACCAAUAGAGAGAGGUGAUGAAAACAUAGUGCUUAACUUGGAAGAGGAAUUGGGCUGGCAGGAGAAAAGGGUAGACUUGGUCAGCCGCUGGACUAAAUAUCUGGAUGAAAGGUGUGAAGAGCAAGAGAAGGAAGACACCGAGGAGGUAAUGGUACCUACAGAAAAACAGACCUACUCUUCCAAGAGGAACAUGGUGGCACAUUCAAGAUUUGUGCCUGCUAGGAAAUAUAAGAAGGCCAGGUUAUACACUAGUAAUGACUGCAGAUCGGAGGAAAGGAGAGAUUCUGGAUUUGCAAAGGAUGUCCAAAAUUUUGAGAACAGAAUAAAUUCAGUCACAGUGGAUAUAAAAAACUGUGGAGAAGCUACCUGUGAAAGUGUGCUCAUCCCUGCUGAUGAAGAAUAUGCAGUACACAGAGAGAACAAAGAUCCAGGGUCAAGAGGUGCUGGAUUUUCGAAGUGGGAGAAAUUCCUUUUGCCUGGUAAGAGUUGUAAUAAUGAUGCCACAACUGUCGUGACACAAGAGGAACAGGGGGCGUUGGCCCAAACACCUGUUGCGGGUGCAAGUGAUAAGAGAGCAGCCACCACCAUCAAUUGUAACUGGGAUCAUACAUCACAGCAGAAUGGAUCCACCCCAUUUUAUAGUGUGCAACAGGAUUCCACCAUCGAUCAUAUUGCAGUAGCCAGUGUAUCUAUGGGAAGAAGCAGACAUGCUGCAGCUCUGGUUAGUGCUCAUUACCUUCAAGAAAGACUGCCUGAACAACCUGCCUCUAUUGCUUCUGCAAGGCCUCUCACUAUCUCUAAUUCAAAGAAUCUUUAUAGAAACCUUUUUUCUACAGGAGAUGAUUUUGAUGAUUAUAUUUAAAGCUCUACUUGCUUCUCACAGCUGGGUGUUUUGUCAUUAGUAUAUCUAAGAUGUCUUAGAAUAUUUGUU